AGAGGAGGAGGCGGUGGGGCGGGGUCGCCGCAGGACAGUGGGACGGCUCUGAAGUCUGACAAAAGUAAACAGCCUGGAGUUGCUGGCAAAGUGCCAGAAAUGCCAUACAGAGGGGACAAACCCCCUAGGGGCCGCAGCCUGGAAGCCAGCAGAACCAUAUCCAGAAAAGAAGCCCCGCACCCUAGUGGGGAGCUCUGCAGGAACCCCUGAAAAAAGAAACCCCAGAAGCUUGGUACUGAAUCCGCCAGUGCCCUUAUCCGCCCUUAAACACGCUCCACCCCCACUCCGUCACUGGUUCCUUUCUGCAGACAGUUGCGAUUUCUCUAAAGUCUAGUUUCUCACGACAAGAAAGACUUAAAACUUGAUCCCGACACCAUGUGGGCGCUUAUCUUCUGGUUCCUGAGCUACCCCAGGGACAGCGGAGCCAGAUCUCACUCUCUGCACUACUCUUACUCGGCCGUGACUGAGCCAGGCCCAGGAGUCCCUGCAUUUUUUGCCAGUGGCUUUGUAGAUAACCAGCUCUUCAUCCACUAUGACAGUAGGAACAUGAAGGCAGAGCCUUGUGUCGACUGGCUGAGGGAAAAUCCACGUUACUUUGCUCAUGAGACCCAGGUUUUCACCAAUCGGAUGAAGAUUUUCCAGUUGAGUCUGAGAAAUAUUCAGCAAUACUACAACAGCUCUGGUGCCCAGAGUCGGAGAGCAGACGGCUUCUACCAGCAAGCAGGUCCUCAUACCCUCCAGUUCACAUACGGCUGUGAGAUGCAGGACGACAGGACCGCGGGGCACUGGCAGUAUGGCUACGAUGGCAUGGAUUACCUGACCUUGGACUUGGACUCUAUGCAAUAUACGGCAGCCACCUUCAUUGCUGGCUUCACCAAGCGCAAAUGGGAGAACAAUGAGUACUGGCUGGAGAGAGAGAAGACCUACUUGGAGAAGGAGUGCAUCCUAUGGCUGCAGAGAUACUUAAUCAUGGGAGGAGAGAACUUUAACCGAACUGACCCUCCACAGACAAUAGUGACCUAUCACCCCAGACCUGAAGGUGAUGUCACCCUGAGGUGCUGGGCCCUGGGCUUCUACCCUGCUGACAUCACCCUGACCUGGCAGUUGAAUGGGGAGGAACUGACCCAGGACAUGGAGCUUGUGGAGACCAGGCCUGCAGGGGAUGGAACCUUCCAGAAAUGGGCAGCUGUAGUGGUGCCUUCUGGAGAGGAGCAGAAAUACACAUGCCAUGUGCUGCAUGAGGGGCUGCCUGAGCCCCUCACCCUGAGAUGGGAGCCUCUUCAACUCAUCACGCCCACGACAGGAGUAUGUGCUAGGGGCAGAUGUGGACCUCAAGCUGCCACCUGGAGUGUCCUUAUGGUUCUUUCAUUUGGCAUAGUAACUGUGUCUCUUGUACUUAUCUGCUACAAAAUUCAGGCCAGAAGAAAGUACUGGACUUCUCCACCUGUCACUGAAGAUGAGAGACUCUCAGGAUGAGGACCGAGAGACAAAGGACUAUGUAGAGUGGUAGAAGGUAGCCUGGUCCCCGAGGCUGAGCUAAAGCUAAAAGCCCCGGAGACCCUGAAGAGACAGCAGGAGCUUUGUCUGCUCCCGGGCACCAGGGCCCUGUCACUAGUCGUCACUCCCAUAGAUUUGUGGCCACCAGUCCCAAGACCCCCACAGUAGAUGAAGAAAAGAGACUACGUGUGGUCACGUAGGCUCCAGACAGCUCUCCAUUCUAACGGGAUGUCUAGAGGCCUGGAGGGCUUAGCCAACAAGCUCUCCUUCCUAGACAUCCCUCCCUGAAACAGGUAUUUAAUCUCAGGCCACCCUGACAAGUAUGGUUUUACAUAUCCACUUUCCGCCAUGACAAUAGAUAGAGUAAUAAAUAAGUCAGUUAAGGAACAAACAAAGCAUAAACAGAGUAGUUAAGGAACAAAGCAUUUUUCUUGGGGUGAAGAUUUAUCUAUUUAUUUUAUGCUUAUGAAUACACUGCCACCAUCAAGCCAAGAACUCUUCCUGUGGGGCUGGCGAGAACUUGUAACCCUGGACCUGUAAUGACAAAUCAAACACAUGAUCCGUACUUCUUGGAUAAUUAUUAGUCCAUCUUUGUUCUGUGAGACCUAUAUAAAGAAGCACCUCGUUGCUGGUCAGUCAGAGCUGCAAAAUUCCCAACUCUCUGCCAGGGACGCACAGGGAAGGCCUCUCCCCCACACCCCGUCUGUGGCAUCCCUUAAAGUACAUUUUGUCCCAAGUACAGCUCAGUUUCUUUGCUAGUUUGAGUGAAAAUGCCCUUCCCGACGGGCGGUGGUGGCGCAUGCCUGUAAUCCCAGCACUCUGGAAGGCAGAGGCAGGUGGAUUUCUGAGUUCCAGGACAGCCAGGGCUACACAGAGAAACCCUGUCUCUGUAUAAAGACCAAAUCCAAAUCCAAAACAAACAAACAAAAAAAAAAAAGCCAAAAAAAAAAAAAAAGGAGCCCCUCCCAUAGGCCAAAGGGCUUGGCAUUGUUGGGAGGUGUGGCCUUGUUGGCGUGGGUGUGGCCUGGUUAGAGGCGUGUCCCUAGGGAACCAGCUUUGAGGUUUCCAUGUGGAAUUCUCUUCCUGCAGGCUGCUGAUCUGGAUGUAGGACUCUCGGCUCCUUCUCCAGCACUAUGUCUGCCUGCACAUCUCCAUGUUUCCCACAAUAAUGAAAAUGAACUAAACCUCUGAAACUGUAAGGCAGCCUGUUUUUGUUAGUGUUUUGGAGGAACGUGGAGAGCUUUGGGGGCCACUUCUACAAAUUUGUCAAGAAUUUGACACUGGGAUAGGAUUCUUUGUAUCAUGAUGGGUCUUGUUAAGACCCUGAAUACAGUAAUCAUGGGACCUUUGUUCCUUAGGGCAGGAGAGAUGGCUCAGUGGUUAAGAGCACUGACUGCUCUUCCAGAGGUCCUGAGUUCAAUUCUCAGCAACCACAUGGUGGCUUACAACCAUCCAUAAUGGGAUCUGAUGCCCUCUUCUGCUUUGUCUGAAGACAGCAACAGUGUACUCAUAAGCAAUAAAUAAAUAAACAAACAAACAAAUAAAUAAAUAAAUAAAAUGCUUUUGUUCCUUAA